GGGGGGGGGGGGGUGGAAGUGGCUCUCCUUGUCCUUUAACAUUUCCAUACUCCUGUUGCUGCAUCAAGCUUCCUGCAAUCAACCAUGUCUUGCUGCAAAGCCUCAUCACGACCGGCUAUAGUGUUCUUGAUUUUUUUUUUUUGGGGGGGGGGGGGUGUUACUGUUUUGUGAUUUUAGUUCUUUCUUUCUUUGUUUCCUUGCUUUGUGGAGGUUGUGUUGCAUCUGAUGUACUGCCUGUUGGCUGUUUGCGUGCCACCCAGAAGAGUAUGGCAUCUGUGUCCGUUUGGUCAGGGUGAUAUGCUCUGUUUGAUUGCAUUGACUUUGGAAAUGCUUUCAAUUAUUGAUAUGCUUUGGUUAUUUAUUUACAAGUGUUGGAUGGAUUCUUUCCCAUCUACUUUACUGAAUAGUAUAGCAUAUAGUUGUUUAAUUGUGCAAAGCUAAGGUGUGUUGAUGAGCUUUGUUAAUGGUGGUAGUUACAUGUCAUGGUUACGUUCAUGCAUUCCACAUUGCAGAAUGAUACUGUACUUGAUUCACUCUGGAAAGCGAGGAUCACCACAAGCUUUGAGAUAAAAGGCAUAGGGCAGUGCAAGUUCCAGCCGUAGCGGAUGGACGCCACGACCAGCAGUGGAGCUUCCUCCUCUCUGCCCCUCCACCUUAUCAUAGAUGAUGCUCUUGCCCUUGUUUCUCCGUUGCAGCAGUCGUUUCAGCGGUCGCAGCGCCAUUGCUUUGGCGACUCUGCUCCUGGAGAAUUCCCCUUGGCUGCAAACCCGUCAAUUGUUCUCCAUGUCCUCACAUCAUGCAACCUAGAACCUGAUGACCUCGCCCACUUGGAGGCAACAUGCACGUUUUUCCGGAAGCCUGCCAACUUCCCUCCCGAUUUUCAGCUGUCAAUGUCAGAACUUGCAGCGUUGGAUAUGUGCCAGAAACGGGCGGUAUUUAAACCGAUGAAUCAAGAAGAAAGAGAAAUGUUUAAGCAACGCUGUGGUGGGAGUUGGAAGCUGGUUCUUAGGUUUAUAAUGGCAGGUGAAGCAUGUUGCCGGAGAGAAAAAUCUCAGGCGAUUGCCGGGCCUGGUCACAGCAUUGCUGUGACAACAAGCGGUGUGGUGUAUACUUUUGGGUCCAACAACUCUGGCCAACUUGGCCAUGGUACUUUAGAAGAGGAGUGGAGGCCACGGAUUAUCAGAUCAUUGCAGGGUAUUAGAAUUAUUCAAGCGGCAGCAGGAGCAGGAAGAACAAUGCUUGUAAGUGAUGCUGGUAGGGUCUAUGCAUUUGGAAAGGAUUCGUUUGGAGAAGUGGAAUAUGGGGCUCCAGGUUCUAGGGUUGUCACUACACCACAGAUGGUGGAAUCGUUGAAGGACAUAUACAUUGUCCAGGCAGCAAUUGGGAACUUCUUUACUGCAGUUUUAUCUCGGGAAGGUCGCGUAUAUACAUUUUCCUGGGGUAAUGACAUGAAACUAGGUCAUCAGACAGAACCAAAUGAUGUUCAGCCUCAUCUUCUAGCAGGCCCUCUUGAGAACAUUCCAGUUGUGCAGAUUGCUGCAGGCUACUGUUAUCUCCUGGCUCUGGCAUGCCAACCAAGUGGCAUGUCUGUUUAUUCUGUUGGGUGUGGUUUAGGGGGGAAGCUUGGCCAUGGUUCUCGAACUGAUGAGAAAUAUCCUAGGUUAAUUGAGCAGUUCCAAGCUUUGAAUAUACAACCAGUGGUGGUUGCUGCUGGUGCUUGGCAUGCUGCUGUUGUAGGUAAGGAUGGACGUGUUUGCACCUGGGGAUGGGGGAGGUAUGGCUGCUUGGGUCAUAAUAAUGAGGAUUGUGAGUCUGUUCCAAAGGUUGUUGAGUCCUUAAUCAAUGUGAGGGCCAUCCAUGUAGCAACCGGAGAUUACACCACAUUUGUUGUAUCAGAUAAAGGUGAUGUUUAUUCGUUUGGAUGCGGUGAAUCGUCAAGUCUUGGCCACAACACUAUAACCGAGGGUAACAAUAGGCACACUAAUUUCCUUAGCCCAAAGUUGGUGACUUCUUUGAAAAGAACGAAUGAAAGGGUGGCUCAGAUCAGCCUUACUAACUCCAUAUACUGGAAUGCACAUACAUUUGCACUGACAGAUUCAGGGAAGCUCUAUGCAUUUGGUGCAGGGGACAAAGGGCAGCUAGGCACUGAACUCGUCGCACAGCAAAGUGAGAGGGGGACACCUGAGCGUGUUGAAAUUGAUCUCAGUUAGUUCCAAUGGCAACACCACUUAUCUCCUUUUCACUUAAGAUCCACUCCUCAGCCUUGACUUUCUAAUUAUUUGCAUUGCUCGCACUUAGUUUGUUGCCUGUUCAUCAGCCUCAUUCUGCACUGCAGCUAAUCCUUGUGAAUAUAGUUACCCUGAAGUAAAGUCUGUUGUUCAUAUGAUUUGUUCGGUUUAGAAGAUUUGUAUAUAUGAUUAUCAUGUAAAUAUAACAGUCAGGUCUCAUUGCCAGUUUCCUUCAAACAUAAGCAGCUGGUUUUAACAUCCUGUGAAAUUUACCCUUGACUCUA